CACGUUUUAGACCAGUUUUGAGCACGCUGUAUCUUUUGACAGAAGCAAGGGUCUCGUGGCGCAGGGGUAGCGGCUUCGGCUGCCGAUCCCGAUGAUGCUAUGAGACGCGGGUUCGAUUCCCGCCUUAUCCACUGAGCUUCUAUCGGAUGGUGAAGUAAAACGUCGGUCCCGGUUUCUCCUGUCUCGUCAGAGGCGCUGGAGCAGAAAUCCCACGUUAGAGGAAGGCCAUGCCCCGGGGGGCGUAGUGCCAAUAGUUUCGUUUUAAGAUAGCACAAUACUUUUUUCGGGAAAGUUUUAGAGAAUUUUCUCAAUUUUAUCACUAUUGUGUUGGUUUGAAAAAUUUAGUGGAAAAUAAAAAUGAUAAAAAUAUAAAUAUAAAAAAGAGGGUUUUUUUCAUACUAAUUCCCAUACAAAAUUGAAAUGCAAUGCGCAAAGUGUGGACGCAAUCAAUCGCUCCCAAAUUUCGGGGAGUUGUUUAAGGGCCUAAAAGCAACAGAAAAAAAAACAUGUUCUGAAAAAUCGACCACCUCGAGCCAUCCUAGUGGUCAUGCCAUGUAAUGCAAACAGCCGAAGGUAAAUUUUAUUUUUUAUUUUGUUAUAAGUUAACUUUUUUACUUUUCGCUGUUUGCACGCGCCAACAGGUGCAUGUCGGCAUUAUAAUCCGAUGUAAUACGGAAAGAAAUUGUACAACCUGUGGUAUGCAGGAUCAGAUAGAACCAUGACAUGUGAUAGUUUCCAUUGGUAUAAAAGCAUCACAGAAGCUGGCCCUCAUCAUAAUGCUCCGGAUCUGGUGUAACUGCUACCCAAUGGAACCAAAGCUGGUGCCUUUGUGGAUUCUGCUCGCGUCAAAGAGUUUCGUCGCUCCGUUUCAGUACGUCUUCGAGGGAUGCAAACUAAGUGAAGCAACAGUUUUGGCGGAAAGCACGCUUCGGGUUCGUAAACUAAACAGGACAGUGGCCGGCCUUUACGGGAACUUUACGCUUAAGCUGGAUCUUGACGAAAGCUUCACGACAUCGAUCCAGCCCUUCCAUAGUCCACUGGGAAACAACCAGUUCAACCGGUACCCGAUGAAGGUCGGACCGGUUGGGCUGCGCGAUUUCGUGGACAAAUUCUGGGACGACUACCAUCCGUUCUUCGCCAAGUAUGUGAUCGAUAUUCCGAGUCCGGGCGAAUGUCCCAUAAGUGCUCGGACAAUGGUUUUCAACGAUAUGCAGCUGGCGGGGGAACUGUUUCCACCGUACGUUCCGACCGGACUGUGGAAGCUGGAGUGGAUCAUGGAGAGCGGGGAGGUUCGGUUCCAGCUUGAAACUUUGAUUAAGGUUUACGAGGAUGGGUACUUUUGAA